UCUUUCCUUGCUGGCCAAUCACUUCUUCCCCAUCUACUUCAUUCUUCCGGUAUUAUGGCCGCUUGCAGUGUAAGGGACAACGAGUGUGAAAUGUUAUGAUUAUGAAAAGUUUUCGGUGAAACCGGUGGAUUAAGGAUGCUCGUGACCGUGAUGUUGCGGUUUCCCGUCUGUCGGCCGUCACUUCGAGCAGUGCUUCACAGUCAGAGGCGCUUUAGCAAGGCAUCCCCUGCUCUGUCUGAGCGUGUGCGGGUGUUUGAGUCUCUCAGAGAGAGGCAGGGACAGCAGAGGACAAGCGGCGCCACGAAACAGGCCUUCAGCGUCCGAUUGGCUGAUGGCAGGACGGUGAAUGGCACCACAGGCGUGACCACGCCCUCAAUCAUCGCUCAGAAUGCACGGUUAGCCUCUCAGACUGUGAAAGGUGCUCUGGUGUGCCGGGUGAAUGGAGAGCUGUGGGAGCUGCUUCGCCCCCUGGAGGCUGACUGUGAACUACAGCUGCUAGGCUUCGACACCACAGAGGGCAAACAGGCUGUGUGGAGGACAGGAGCGUGUGUUGUGGGGUGGGUGUUAGAGAGGGUGUUUGGGGUGGAUGUGUGCAGAGAGGGCGUGUCAGAGUCCGGCCUCUACUGUGACCACCUCCUGGAGAACAGUGCCCUGUCCCUAGCUGAGCUAGAGGAGAGAUGUAAGGAGGCCGCUGGCCAGAGGCUUCCUCUCUCCAGACUGGAGCUGAACAGGCAGGAAGUUACAGAGCUCUUCCAGGACAAUGCUCUGAGACUCCAGUUGAUUGAAGAACAGAUGAGUGGUCCUACUGUUACAGUCUACAGGUGUGGAGACAGCAUAGGAGUCUGCAAUGGUCCUCUCCUCCCUCACACUGGUCUCCUCAAGGUCUUCAAGAUGCUGCAGGUGUCUCCCGUAACGUUGACCAAUCCUGUUGGCACGUCAGGCGUGAUGCGUGUGAUGGGUGUGGCCUUCCCAGGAGAGAGGGAGAGGGAGGAGUGGGAGAGGGAACAGGAGGAGACACGGAAGAGAGACCACAGACGCAUCGGCAAGGACCAGGAGCUGUUCUUCUUUAAUGACGUCAGUCCUGGAAGCUGCUUCUUCCUGCCUAAAGGAGCUCACAUCUACAACACACUCGCUGACUUUAUCAAGACUGAGUACAGGAGGCGUGGCUUCCAUGAGGUUGUGACCCCUACUCUAUACAGCACUGCACUGUGGGAGCGUUCGGGUCACUGGGAACACUACAGUGAAAACAUGUUUACUGUGACCGGUGACACACACACCUAUGCACUCAAACCCAUGAACUGCCCUGCACACUGUCUGAUGUUUGAGCAGCGUGUAAGGUCAUGGAGGGAGCUCCCGUUGCGUUGGGCCGAUUUCGGGGCACUGCAUCGGAACGAGUUGUCCGGCGCUCUGGGUGGUCUCACCAGGGUCCGCAGGUUCUGCCAGGACGACGCACACAUCUUCUGCACUCCUGAGCAGUUGGAGGAGGAGAUCAUGGCGUGUUUGGACUUUGUGAGGAGUGUGUAUCGAGUUUUUGGAUUCUCCUUCCACUGUCUCCUCUCCACCCGACCUACACCCUGCCUGGGGGAGCCUGCACUGUGGGACCACGCUGAGCAGCAGUUGGAGAGGAGUCUGCAGCAGUUUGGAGAGCGCUGGCAGCUCAACCCAGGAGAUGGAGCGUUCUACGGGCCAAAGAUUGACAUCCAGAUCAAGGACGCCAUUGGUCGACAGCACCAGUGUGCCACCAUCCAAUUGGACUUCCAGCUACCAAUCAGAUUUGACCUGCAGUAUGUGGGGGGGGAUGGAGAGACCCACAGACCAGUGAUGGUCCACAGAGCUGUUCUGGGAUCACUGGAACGCAUGAUCGCUAUAUUGGCUGAGAAUUUUUGGGGGAAAUGGCCUCUGUGGUUGUCUCCAGCGCAGGUCAUCAUUAUUCCUGUAGGGGGAGGUAGUGAGACAUAUGCGCAACAGGUGGUCCGACAGUUCCGCGAGGCCGGCUUCAUGGCUGACGUGGAUGAUGACCAGGGUGCCACCUUAAAUAAGAAGAUCCGCUCUGCACAGCUGGCCCAGUACAACUACAUAUUUGUGGUAGGUGAGAAGGAGUGUGAGAGUGGCACGGUGAGUGUAAGGACCAGAGGGGGGAAGCAGCUAGGGAGGAGACCGACAGAGGAGGUCCUGGCAUCACUCUCACACCUACGAGACACACGGAGCAACCAGGAUGACUUCUAACACACACACACCUGUUGUGGAUGAAGAAUUGCUCACUGUACUUUUAUAAUAAAAUAACUUAAAUUAUUAAA